GAUCCGUCCUCAUCUCGAUGGUUUUGACGUAGCGCAGCCGGAUUACCGUAACGCCGCGUGCGCGGCGCAGCAGGAACCGGGAUGAUGGCGGAGAACGGGAAGGAUGAGGCGGCGGCGUCCGACGGGGAGUCCGCGGACGGGACCUCCAGCAGCUUGACGGUGGAGCGGGACUCGAACCUGCUGCGCCGGAUGGAGAUCUGCGUGGCCGAGGCCGAGAAGCGGAGCGGGAAGAACGCCAUCGGCAUGCAGGAGACGUUCACGGUCUACCUGAUCGAGACCAGACCCGCGGAUGCAGCUGCGGAGGGCCGCGCGCAGCCUCCCGACUCCGUGUGGAGGAGAUACAGCGAGUUCGAGCUCCUCAGGGCCUACCUGAUCCUGACCUACCCGUUCUUCGUGGCUCCUCCUCUGCCCGAGAAGAGGGCAGAGUUUGUGUGGCACAAGCUGUCAGCGGACAACAUGGACCCGGAUUUUGUGGAGCGGCGCCGGAUCGGGCUGGAGAACUUCCUGCUGCGUGUAGCUUCUCAUCCAGGACUCUCCAACGACAAGAUUCUGUAUCGCUUCCUCACUGAGGAACCUUGCUGGAAAGAAGCCGUGUAUGAGACAGGAUUUCAGGAUAAGGCCGACUCCAGACUGAGAGCGUUUGGAGCCACCUUCAGGGUCAGGAGUCCACAGAAGUGCUUCAUAGACAUGAAGCAGUACAGCGAGGAGCUGCAGAGUCACACGUCUCAGCUGCUCCGAGCGCGAGCUAGGGUUGCAGACAGAGUCUACGCAGUCUACAAAGUCCAUGGGAACUACGGCAGAGUCUUCAGUGAGUGGAGCGGCGUGGAGAAGGUGAUGGGAGAUGGACUACAGAGCGCCGGCCAUCACAUGGACUCAUAUGCUGCAUCCAUAGAUGAGAUCCUGGAGGAGGAGGAGCAUUAUGCAGACCAGCUGAAGGAGUAUUUGUGCUACGCUGAGGCCCUGAGGGCGGUGUGCAGGAAACACGAGCUGACCCAGUUCGAGCUGGAGACCGCCUCCCAGGACCUCAUCACUAAGAAGCAGCAGCGGGACGAGUUGGCCACAGGGAUGGUGCGCACGUUCUCCUUCAAAGGCGUGACCAACAAGCUGUUUGGGCAGGAGGCCCCGGAGCAGCGGGAGGCGCGCCUCACCAUGCUGGAUGAGCUGAUCGCAGAGGCGGAGGACAGCGUGAGGGUCAAAACGGCUGAACGCGAGGAGCACGUGCAGAAGGCGUGGGCGGACAUCCUGCGCUUUAAAGAGGAGAAGGACAAAGAUCUGCGAGAAGCGCUGCUCAGCUACGCUGCCAUGCAGAUCAACAUGUGCAAGAAGGGAAUACAAGUCUGGAGCAACACCAGGGAGAGCUUCCUGAAGAUGUGAGGAGCUCCUCUUCCAAGGAACACUCCAAACCAGAUUCUGAACACGUUGAUUCCUCAAUUCCUCUGCUGUUAGCAGACGAGUCAGAAGCGAGCAGGGCCACGGUCCCCUCUUCUUCUUCUGGACGGUUUGGUGGUCAUCUCUGUUGGAGGUGUUUGUGGCUCAGAAUUCAGUAGAAAAUGAAACCAGUUCAAGGUGCAUUUUGGACAUCAGGAAACGUUGAUGUUGGAGGACAUUUGAUGUUUCUAGCCCUCAGCUUUGUUCAUGAUUCCUUCUGAGAUUUCCCAGGUUGCAUCUGGUCAAGGAGCUCCCUUCAUUUCAUUGAAACUCCUAAGAACUGGUCACAUCUCUAACUUGGUAACCUGGUUAGCUGCAGGAUGUUCCUUGAAUGCAACGCGAGAUACUUCACUUGUUUUCUAAAAUUAAAUAGAAAUUUGAAGGCUCCAUCAGGCAAUUUCUGGGAACAGACCCUUUCCACAUUUUAAGGCAAACCACCCCAGGCCGGGGCAAGUGGUGCAAGUGUCACAACUUGGUUUAAAAAAGAAAAAAUAAUAAUUUCGGUGGGUUUGGUCACAAGCCCCACCCUCGGGUUGAGGUUCAGGCUCAGAGGAUUUCUGGUGUUUAUUUAUUCUCCUGUAAAUGAAACAAAAAAAAGAAACAUAAAAAUGCAGAAAACUGAA